AUAACCCCGCGGCCAUUUUGGAUCGAAGAUUUGAAACUUUGACUGGAAAUGCACCACACGUGGGAAUACUGUACUUUUUGAAACUCCAUUCCGAUAAACUAUGGCGUUAUGUCGUGUGCGUCUGAUAUUUGACCGAACUUUUCCCGAUUUUCCAGGGAAAUGCUGGUUUUUGAUAGACGUCGCGAGAUGUAACUUGGUUGCGGACUUAGAAUGGCUUAUCCGUAGAAAGUUUGACAUUGAUGACCAUUUGAACCUAUACCUAGAUGGCUAUUUGUUGCCUUCGCAAGAGAACAUUGCCUUGAUAAGGGAUAACGAGAAAAUAAGAGUCGAAUGGAAAACUACAGAAAACCAACUCAAAAAAGGUUUUUCUAAACAGGAGGAUAAAUGUUCCAUCAAGAAAAAGAGAAAACUCUCAACUAACACCUAUGUCGUCAGCAAAGGAGAUAAAAAGAAAAAAUCUGACAACCCUAAGAAGGUGCCUCAAGUAUCAAAGAAGAAGAAAAAAAGAAAAACAUCUGAAAACAAUCAAGAUGAGAGUAAACUGCAAGGGGAUAUAGUGAAAGAAAUAGAAGCAAAACAGCAACCAUUGGUAUCUAAAAGAGGAGUAAAGAAAGUAGUUGGAAAGAAAUAUGAGAAAGCAAAUGGGAUUGUGAAUUCUACGCCCAGCAAUGUAGUAAAAAAGAAAAAAACAAAACAGACACCAUUGGUAUCUAAAAAUGAAACUUAUGCACUGACUCUUCAUGAAACUAAAACUAAAAAGAAAACCAAAAAGAGGUCUAAAUUAGCAACAGAAAAGCCCAGGAAAACCAAGCUAAGACUUAACCCAUCCACAUCAACUUCAUCAUCACUUUCUUCAGCAUCAUCAUCAUCCUUGUCAUCUUGUUCUUCAUCAUCUUUAUCAUCCUUUUCUUCAUCGUCAUCAUCCUCUAAUUCAAGCAAUGUCAAGGAUCAUUCUAGAUAUCAGUUCAGCCAUCAAGUAAGUCCUCAUCCCAACAGCAAAAAUCAAAAGUCUACAGCUAUUCAUUCUGUAACACAAGAUGUUCCUAAAGUUGUGCAAAAAGAUGACAAGUCCUCAACUAGGCCUGUUACUUGUAGGAUUGUAUUAGAAAAGCUAAACAACAAUACUUUGCCCAGGAAAAUUCCAACACCAAAUCCAUAUGGUCAAGAAACUCAAAGUACCCCUACACAUCUGAAGAUUACAUCAGACUCCUCCUCCAAUCAUAUAAGAUUUGACUCGGAAGAAGAAAGUGUCUUUGAAGUAGAAGAGAGUUUGGCAGCUAAUUCUGCACAGAAAUCUCAAAAACAACACAACCCAUCACUGGACCAGCCAAUGGAAUAUGAAAACCCAACAUUGAACCAACACGAGAGCCCAAUAUUGGGCAAGGUUAUCACUAGUAGUGAAGCAGAAGUAUCUUCAAAUGGUCGUUCAACUAAAGUUCCACAAGCUACCAUAGUUGCUCAAUAUAUUGGACAUGGAAAGGCAGCAUUACCAGAUAACAAUCCUAAAAAAUUAACAUCUGUAGGGAGAAAUGACAAAUGGUGUAACAGAAGCCAGAUCUUCAGUAAUGGUAAUGCCCUGGAAUUUAAUGUUGAGAGUACAGACAAUGGCCAGGUAGAGGUGGCUGGAAAUGUGCCACCCCCUAGUGGGUCAACAGGUGCCACUAAUUCUGCUGAGAGCAUUUCUGAGCCAAAGGACUUCAGCAAGUUCCCUAGUCUCUGUGGACCCCCAAGACCUGGUGAUCGCAUUGCAUACAAGGUCCUAGAGCUGUCUGCCUCAUACACCCCAGAGAUGUCAGGGUAUAAGGAAGGAGAAGUGCUGGGAUAUGAUCCAACUACAAAUGAAGUCUCACUUGAACUGACUGAAGCCUCUCUCAUUAGGCCAGAAGGCGAUGGCCACAUUUCAAGAAAAUUCGAGCUUAUUGAUCCAAAUGAAGAUGAUGAUGGCCAUGACAAACCCCCUCCAGUACCAGAUAAAAAGGUGGUAGUGCUUUGGACAGCCAUGGUAGAUCCCCGUUUGUUGCCAGCACUUUAGGCUUUGACGUUUACUUCAAAUUUAAGACUUUUCUACAGAGAUGUUGCAGGCCUUGAAAUAUUUGGGGAGGGCAUCAUACAGAAACAUUAGAAAAUAUAUGGGCCCUGUUCUACCGUGCAUAUUCAUUUGCUUUUUCCAAAAAAAAAUUGUUUUCUUAAAGAACAAAACUUUCAGGCCAAUAUUGUACAAGGGUUGCACAUUGAAAAUAAUUAAUUGUGGGGGGGGGGGGAUUAUCUAGUUAUUAAGUUCUGAAGAAAAAAUAGGUUAAUCGCUUAUGUGUACAGUUGUUUGUAAGAAUAGAUUCCACUCAUUAAAAAAAUGUCAUACAUGCCUAUUAAUAAAAUGCAUAAUGUUUUUA